AUGGUCAUUCCGGAGGCAGUGCUUCGUGUCAAGCUGGAGGAGAAGGUGCUGGACAAGAGAGACUCUACAAAACACAUCCUGCAACUUGCGGAACUCACUAUUACUAACCUCAGCUCAAUCACAGAUGCACACAGACGUUCCAUUCCCGAAGCAGAAUUGGACGACUGGAAGGCAUGGGUGCUUGAUAACAUGAAACUGCUCCUCGAACGGGCAGUAUGUCAGGUUGGAGUAAAGCAAUGGUUGCACAUUUUUUCUGAGUCACCAUCAUCGAUACCCUCACAGAUAUUUGCAAAUUCCUUUCACGAACCCCUUUUCGGUGGACAUUAUACCGUUGGAUAA